AUAAACAUGGCGGUCUAAUCAGCUGAUAUCAGAAUAAGGAAAUGAGAAGUGUUUUGAGGAGCAAGUCAUGUGUACAUCACGCACGGCGUGACGGUGCUUCCGCCUAGACAGUCUUCCAGACAAGUGAAACAUGGGCAUGAAGGACGACGAAGUGGAACUGUUUCUCAGAACCCCUCACAACGCCACCAGAUUGUCCAGAAAAUGGUACUUUCUUGUGGGGGUUGUCGUCGGUUUGAUUACAUCGUUCAGUGCAUUUGCCGGAGUAUAUCUAGUGUUCUUUGACCAGGUCAACAGUCAGUUUCAAAGUUGCAGCAGCCAAGAUCACAAUUCCGUUACAAAGACUCCAGUGAUAGAUGUGGCAUCAAGCCAGUGUGAUAUCUCCAAGGGUUCUGACAGAUCCGACUGCUGGCCUGAGUACCGAGAUGCCACCCAGUCCAGCUGUGAAGCCCGGGGGUGCUGCUGGAGCCCGGGGGUGGAGCAAGGCGCACCCUACUGCUACUACCCUCGCAACUUUGACCGCAGCUAUAUGCUCACCUUCUCACAGAAAACCAGUACUGGGGUCAUCGGACACUUGGAACGGACGACAAAGUCCCCAUACCCCAAUGACUCCAUGACGCUACAGUUAGAGAUAUCAGAAGAAACUAGUGAUAGACUGCACAUUAAGAUCUAUGAUCCAAGCACUUCCAGAUAUGAGGUCCCCAUUGAAUUGAAUAAGGAGCAGAGCGGUGGAGGGUCGUAUGAAGAGUUUGACAUCAAGCUGGCCAGGAACCCCUUCGGGAUAAUCAUCAGAAGGAUGUCGACAGGACAAAUACUGUUUGACACAACUGGCGUGUCCCCUCUGAUAUUUGCUGACCAGUACCUGCAGAUUGGGACUGCACUGACCACCUCCAAUGUGUAUGGCUUCGGGGAACACCGGUCAGGCUUCAAACUGGACACAAACUGGAAGAAAAUGGUGUUCUGGAACCGAGAUCAACCACCUGAGCCAAACCUGAACCUGUAUGGGGCCCACCCUCUGUACCUCAACAUGGAUGAGCAGCACAAUGCACACGGGGUGUUCCUGCUCAACAGUAACGCUAUGGAGGUUGACUUUCAACCAUUUAAUGGCACCGGUGCUGUGACCUACCGAGCUUUGGGUGGUAUUCUUGACUUCUACAUCUUCCUUGGUCCGACACCAGACAAGGUAGUCCAGCAGUACACCAGCCUCGUGGGGAGACCGUACCUGCCGCCGUUUUGGUCACUCGGCUUCCAGAUGUGCAAAUAUGGCUACAACAGUGCUGAGGAACUGAAGAAAGUGAUUGCAAGAAACAGGGCUGCCAAAAUGCCUUAUGAUGUCCAGUGGAACGACAUCGACUACAUGAAAGACCACCUUGACUGGACGUACGACAACAUGACAUACCCUGGUCUGCCGGACAUUGUGGCCGACCUUCACAACAACAGCCAGCGAUAUGUUAUCAUUGUGGACCCCGGGAUAUCUGUGACCCAGCAGCCAGGAACCUACCCCUCCUACGAUGAAGGGAUCAAGGAUGAUAUCUUCGUCAAAGCUGACAACGGGUCAAAUCUCGUUGGCAAGGUGUGGCCAGGCCUGACAGUGUUCCCAGACUUCUUCCACCCCAACAGUUCCGCGUGGUGGUACAGACAAGCUAAGAUGUACCACGACCAGGUUCCCUAUGACGGUCUCUGGGUGGACAUGAAUGAGCCGUCUAACUUCGUGACUGGCUCCAUCACGGGCUGCACCAGCAACUCGCUAGACAACCCUCCCUUCGUCCCACCCACUAUCGAUGGGUCCAGUCUGAUGGCAGGGACGCUGUGUCCGUCAGCCAAACACAGCCUCUCCACCCACUACAACCUGCACAACAUGUACGGGCUCAGUGAGAUGAAGGUCACCAGCAGUGUGUUGAAGAAGCUGCUGAACAAGCGUAGUAUCGUGUUGUCUCGGUCAACAUACCCCAGCGCAGGCGUGUACGGCAGCCACUGGCUGGGAGACAACCUCUCCAGCUGGGUCGACCUGUACUACUCCAUCCCAGGUAUUUUGAACUUCCAAAUGUUUGGAAUCCCUUUUGUUGGUGUCGACAUCUGUGGUUUUCGUGGUGACACCAAUGCAGAGCUGUGUACUCGGUGGAUGCAGGUUGGAGCUUUCUACCCCUUCAUGCGGAACCACAACAGUGGGAAGAAGGACCAGGACCCCGCAUCAUUUGACGCUAACACGCAGGCCAUCAUGAGGUCGGUGCUGGAGACACGGUACCGCCUGCUGCCCCUACUCUACACCCUCCUCUACCGCAGCCACGUCGACGGGGGCCCUGUGGCCCGCCCAUUGCUCUUCCAGUAUCCUGAGGCUGUGGCAGUAGACAAGCAGUUCCUGUGGGGGUCAGCCCUGCUCAUCUCACCUGUGUUGGAACAGGGAGCUGUAACCGUGCAGGCCUACAUUCCGGGCGAUGUCUGGUAUGACUACUACAACAUGUCACAGGUGUCCACUGUGGGUCAGAGUGUGCUACUGGACGCCCCCAUCGACAAGAUCAACCUGCACGUACGAGGAGGGUCCGUGAUCCCCACCAAGCCAGCUGCUGUCACCACCGACCAGAUGCGUGGAGAGAUGUUUGCUCUGCUGGUUGCCCUUGACGGCAACGGAACGGCAUCCGGAGAAGUCUUCUGGGAUGAUGGUGAAACUCUAGACACAGUUGAAAACAACCAGUACAGUCUUGUAACCUUCUCAGUGCAGUCUAACACCCUGAGUAACAGAGUGGUGGCCUCUAACUACACGCAUGGUGUGGAGACCUCGCUCAGUGGGGUCACAGUCCUCGGGGUUCCCGCCAAGCCUGGCUCGGUCACAGUCAAUGGGAAAGGAGCGGCAUUCACAUAUGAUGACAAGUCAAGAGUUCUCACCAUAGCAAGCCUGACUGUAGACUUGCUUCAACCCCUGUCAAUCAAGUGGUGAAAUCAACGUACACCAUACCUUAUUACAUCCCUGGUAAACUAUUGAUAUUGACUUAUUGUGUUGCAAAGGGUGAAAUUUACGUCUUAUGGGUAACAGAGAGAAUAUAGACUCAAAAUACACCAUUCUCGAGUUACUAUCUAUGUGCUUCAAGUGAAGUUAGUGCCAUGGUAACCCAGUCUCAUGUUUCACUGCUUACUGUAUAUAUAAGGCUUCUGUGAUCCUGUGACCAGAUGUACUGUACUUCGAACAAUGUUUGGCAUAUCUAAAGCAGGCUUAGAACUUCUGUCAAUGGUUUUAUUUAAGGGUCAGAGCUCCAGAUAACUUUUUGAGCAAUUGAGUUUUUACUCUAGGGUUUCUAUUUUAAUUGGGUUAUUACAUUUUUCAUUGGGUAACCAAUAUUUUUUCACUCAUCUAUUCAUCACUCUAUU